AUGCGCUCCAACGGUGCCCUCUGCGGCGUGUUGGCUAUGGAAAAUUGGCGUUACCCCACGGUUUUUCUGCCACUCCAUGACAAUAACCAGGGUGUGGAUUGGACAGAAGCCAGCGACCGCCCUGCAGUGGUUCAGGCCGUGGGCCCAAUCCUGGUCUCCGAAGCGGAAGACGAGUCACGAGAACGUGUGCCGUACCCCAAGUGCAUCUUUGGAACUACAACCUGGCAGGCCGAUGUCGCCUCCAAGGAUUCUCUGCGUGUACCGGUAGAUAAUUUCCCUGCGGAUAUUCCAGGCCGCAAACGCCUCCUAUCUUGA